AUGUUUUUGCACGAACACAAUUUGCCGUUCCUCUUAAUGGAUCAUUUGCCGAAGCUGGUUGCGUCUGCAUGCCCGGAUUCGAAAAUAGCAAAAGCGAUAAAAUGCUGUCGAACAAAAGCUAUGAACUUAACAAAAGACGUGAUCGCCAAGGAACAGAUAUCAGUCAUUUCGGAAAAUUUGAAAAAUUGUGUUUUUUCGAUAAUAAUCGACGAAACUACCGAUAUCAACACAGAAAAAUCACUUGCUAUCGUAGUGAGAUUUUACGAUAAUGACAAAUGCAAGGAUAGAUUUUUGGGGCUGAUAAAAGUACAAUCCCGCACUGCGAAUGAUAUCUUUACCGCAAUCUGCAAUUUUUUCAAAGAGAAGAACAUUCCGGUGACAAAUAUGAUCGGUUUGGCGGCUGACAACGCAUCUGUAAUGAUGGGAAAUAUCAACGGAGUACAAGCCCGCUUCAAAGCAAUAAUACCACAUCUGUUCAUCCUUGGAUGCGUUUGUCAUUCAUUUCAUCUGUGCUCUUCAGCUGCAGCUAAAAAGUUGCCAAGAAGUUUAGAAGAUUUGAUACGAGCAGUCUAUUCUUACUUUUCGCACAGCAGCAAUCGAUCUGGAAGAUUACAAGAGUUUCAGAUAUUCGUAGAACUGAAACCUCGCAAACUGUUGCACCCGAGUGCAACGCGGUGGUUGUCUAUUCAAGCUGCUGUUGAUCGGGUGUUACAGAAUUGGGAAGCUUUGAUCCUUUUUUUCACGCACGAGUGCUUCGAAGAUGACUUGCCUGCAACGCAAACGAUUUUGAAUCAAUUAAAAAAUCCCAUUUUCAAAUCCACCAUCUUGGGCGCCGAGAGAGUCGCGGUGGCCACCGAGCAGCGCAACGGCGGAGCCACCAACAAAGAGCGGAAGCCGGAGCUCCGCAGCCGCGAGCUGCGACCUGACAUCAGCUACACUUUUCUGCUCUUCGUCAGUACCGGCAUCGCUUUUUCCCGCCGAGGCGUAGCUCGCCGCACUUCAACAACGGCAGCAGCUACCGUGGCGCAGAGCAGUUCUCAAGCAGACGCUCCUGCUGGAGCAGGCGGCGCCCCGCAGAACAUCAAGCGAGCGAUCUCUUCGGAGCAGACAUCGCAGCGCGGCGCACCAAGCGCUCGCUGCCUUCCGGAGUCCACCGACGUCGUCGCGCGGCGCAGCGAGCUCCAAAACCCUCAUCGGCUGCCGUGGACAGCUUGA